AUGACAGUGUCGACAGGAAAAGUGUCCGCGGUAUCAGUGCCGCUGCAGCCGCUCUCGAAGAGGGAGAUCCUCAAGCAGCUCAAGAGGUUCUUCAUCAGCACUAACACCGCCUGGUCCGAUCGAAAGGUCCGGGAGCUCCAGCGGUCCAGGAAGCAGCACGACGAAGGCUUGAAGCCUCUAUGGAGCAAUCCCAAAGCAGGUGGGCCGAAGCCAGGCUGGGGGACUGGCGUUGGAGCUCCGCAAGUAAGGAGAUCUGGAGACGGAUCAGAGGGAGCAUUCGACCGAACGCUGCACCCGGGCUUUCUUAUCGCUGAGAACUGCGUGACGGACGAGAUAAGCAUCUAUGGAGAGCGUAAAGGGCCUGUGGCCAAUGCCCCUGUGUGGCCAUUAAUGCAGCAUAAAUUCCGGGCACCGAUAUGUAAAUGCUCGGACAACGUCGAGGAUAUGCUGGACAGGAUCGAACGCCUACGGCGGGAUGGGCUCUUCUACGCGGCCCUUAUGAACUUGGUCACAGCCAGAGCUGAAUGGCUAUUCGUCAAGACUGGCAUGCGCCAUAUGGCCAACGGCUUCCGAAUGAAUACCGCAGAGGCCUAUUCUGUUGAGGAGGCCCUAUACCAUAUUCCAGUGACAUUCCUAGAUAAUUGGGGUCAACCUAAGGAUCCUGCGAUCAAGUCUGGUCAACGCCGUAAAGGAGGAACUGCAGUCCGGAGCAACCCGCAGGAGGUCCUGUGCAUCCCUGAGCUCCACGUCAUACCAGAAUCGGACCGGGUCCUUCAACCAGAGGGAUGGUAUUUCGUGUCACAGCUGGCUGAGAUCGCCAUGGUCCGAUGGACAGAGCCGGGAGCUGAGAAGACUGCUGUCGAUGAGGCAGUUCUACGUCUAGUAUGGUCCCUGUGGCGCUUAUACUACACGAACCCAAUUGGUGGUGAAUUCAACGACCAACACGACCUCAUCAUUGCCAAGAUAUUGGCAACGAUGGGCUUUGCAUGUUAUCGACUGGAGGAGUUUUCGCUCGCCCGUGAGUGUUUCAAGAAUGCUAAGAUACUGCGCAUAUCCCAUAACACUAAGCGACACCGUGAACCCCCAAUGAUCUGUCCCCAUGUGGCGGCUUGGGGACAUAAUGAAGCACUUGCCCUGGCCGCCUUGGGCAAAUUCAGGAAUGCAUACAAGUUGGCGUGGAGCGCUGCGGAAAUUAUGAAUGCAACUCGGGGCCCUCGGCAUCCCGAGACGAUCCACUGCCAACUCACAGUAGAGAGGCUAACAAGGCGCCCUGACGUUGCGAUGUCUUUGAGCACUGGGGUUGACGUGUCCCCUAAUGAGGCAGUGAGGGCUAUAAAGAAGGCUGAGAAGCGGCCCAAGCCUGUCAGAGUGAAUCGUCGGAGGAAAUGA